CUUCUGUUUUGACUCCUCAUGGUUAUGGGUUAGGGUUCCAUCCAGAUUAGGCAUACACAUUGUGCAGCGUAGAUCCAAAUGGCCUCGCUAAUUUCCUUAUUAUAGUCAGUAAUCUUCUGAAUCCUCGUACUCCUCUUCCUCUUCUUUCUGGUCUUCGUGCUCCUCCUCGCAGAAUGGCAUCCUUCACUCUUGUCAGCGCCUACGCGGCUGCUGGCGUGCUGACAAUCAUCGUCUUAAAUGUCUUGCGCCAGCUCCUGUUUCGUAAGAAGACUGAUCCACCCCUUGUUUUCCACUGGAUCCCUUUCCUGGGUAGUACCGUUACCUAUGGGAUGGACCCCUAUGCGUUUUUCUUUUCUUGCAGACAAAAGUAUGGCGACAUCUUUACCUUCAUAUUGCUUGGUCGAAAGAUCACAGUAUAUCUGGGCAUUCAAGGCAACGAAUUCAUCCUCAAUGGCAAGCUGAAGGAUGUCAAUGCCGAGGAGAUCUAUAGCCCGCUCACUACGCCAGUCUUUGGCUCCGACAUUGUGUAUGAUUGUCCAAACUCAAAGCUUAUGGAGCAGAAAAAAUUCAUCAAGUUUGGCCUCACUCAGGCUGCACUGGAGUCGCAUGUACCAUUGAUCGAAAAAGAAGUGCUUGAUUACCUCAAGACAUCGCCCAACUUCAAGGGGACAUCUGGCAGGGUGGAAGUCACGGGUGCCAUGGCUGAAAUCACUAUCUUCACUGCCGGGCGGGCACUGCAAGGCGAGGAGGUUCGCAAAAAGCUCACUGCGGAGUUCGCAGAUUUGUAUCAUGACCUUGAUCGGGGGUUCACUCCAAUCAACUUCAUGCUUCCGUGGGCACCGCUGCCGCGUAACCGCAAGCGGGAUGCAGCCCAUGUGCGCAUGAGGGAGAUCUAUAUGGACAUCAUCAACGAGCGCCGCAAGAACCCGGACCGGGAGACAUCGGACAUGAUCUGGAACCUCAUGCAUUCUACCUACAAGAAUGGACAGCCUGUGCCGGACAAGGAGAUCGCCCAUAUGAUGAUCACUUUACUAAUGGCAGGUCAGCACUCAUCGUCAUCCAUUAGCUCUUGGAUCAUGCUACGACUAGCCUCUGAGCCCGCAGUCAUGGAAGAACUCUAUCAGGAACAAAUCACAAAGCUCAGCCCGGAUGGAAGUACCCUUCCGCCACUGCAGUACCGCGAUCUGGACCUUCUGCCCCUUCAUCAGAAUCUCAUCAAGGAAACUCUACGCUUACACCUUUCCAUUCACUCUCUCAUGCGCAAGGUCAAGAACCCGAUGCCGGUUCCUGGCACACCCUACGUCGUCCCCGCAGACCACGUCCUACUAGCAUCUCCCGGUGUGACCGCUCUCAGUGAUGAAUACUUCCCCAACGCAUCCCGCUGGGAUCCCCAUCGCUGGGAGAACCGAGUUGAGAAGGAAGAUGAAGAGGACAUGGUCGACUACGGUUAUGGCACUGUGUCCAAAGGAACAUCCAGUCCUUAUUUGCCCUUUGGCGCUGGCCGCCAUCGUUGCAUUGGAGAGAAAUUUGCCUACGUUAACCUGGGAGUAAUUGUGGCGACCAUGGCGCGGCACAUGAAGCUAUUCAAUGUAGAUGGCAAGAAAGGGGUACCUGCCACAGACUACUCCUCCAUGUUCUCCGGUCCCUCGAAACCAGCGAUUAUUGGUUGGGAGCGCCGCUUCUCGGAAAAGUCAUGAGCCCUAGUUAAAGCCUUCCCUUGGGAAGCCGAUCUGUUCGAUCAAAGCAGUCCCUAUCGUCGGCUUUUUUACCGCCGUGUAACAUAGUCAUCUUUCUGAAGCCUAUCUAGAGACAGCUAUAGUUGGCACCGCACCCUGAAAAGGAUAUGUAUAAUGUUAGCAUUAGAUACUAUUAUUAAUAAUGUUAUAUCCACAGCAUGGUGAGCAAGUGCCCUGGUAGACCUGUCAGCAAGAGCAGACAAUGUUGCAAUAAUGGGAGAUUACGAUAAGAAAAAAAAUCAUACUGUCACAUGGUUAUUUAUGAAUGCGUGAAAGACAGGAGCCUACGAAUUGGAUGGUAGCAAAAAUCCCAAGAGAGUAAGUACCUGCGUCAAUACCAAGUCCGCGUAACCAGUAAACCGUGUAUGUAAGAUACCACACUUUCAGCCUACCAUUGAGGGUAAUACAGAGCUUAAAACCUAUUGCAUGAUUAGAAUACGUAUAACUAAGGUCAAAUACAUACUAAUUUGGCAAUGAGGAAGCGGGAUACGCUGUCCCACGAGUCAAUGAGCGGUGGCGCAAGCCAACAAGUUGAGGCUGAGGGCUUGCCAGCUCAGCGGCGGAUAUUGAUUUAUGUCAAAAUAAGAAUGAUGGUGAGCGUGUGAUCAAGAAUACUUACGGGCCGUUGGAUCAGUUUCA